AAACGACGAUGGGACCUGAUGAAGAUCAAGGCCACAAUCUGCGAGAUAUCGAAGCACAGCGGCUUCAAAUUUACGGAUAGCGAAUCUAAUGGCCUCAUUUUUUUGUUCCUUGCUUGGGCCUAUAUCCUCAGCGCAUUCUUGCUUGAGCAGCAGCACAUUCCCCUGGCCUAUACAGACGCAUAUAAGCAGUGGGGCAAUGGAACUUAUGAAGGCGGUGCCUUCUUCAUUGACCUUGGAGACGCCAGUGAUGAAGAAUAUCGCUGGUGGUCAGCCCUUGUUCAUCCUGGCCAAGGAUGGAGGGCUGCUUAUUCUUCACAGCCGGUGUGGGCUGUAACGCUUGGGGACCAGUUCAAGUUUAUCAUCCUAAACGAACGCAACGUGUUACCGUCGUCCAAUGUCAAUCCUCCCUCCAGCCGGGAGGCACUUGCAUACCUUGCUCGGUUUUGUGCCAGGUUCAAUCUGGAGAGCCAAGUCUCACUUGGACUCGCAAUGGCACUGACCAUUCCACUUCACGAUAAUAUGUCAUCGAAGAUACAAAUACCAGAACCAUACCUUACCAAGAAAAAGGUCGUGUCUGCGUCCUCGUCCAUCAUUGACCAGGAGUUCCGCAACCUGUCUUACUACAUGGUUCUUAGCUCCAACCCUUCUUUCAUUGCCUCGGCCCUUUGGUCUGUCUUUUGGGAGCCUGAAAUUGACUGCAACUUGGCCAGCCCCUGGUGCAACGCAAUCAUUGAUACCAUUAAACCUUUGAUUGACGGCCAUAAGCUUGAGACGCUGGGCCACGUGCUUGCCCAGCGGAGGCCUGGCGUGGCCGCUUUGUGGUAUGGCCUGGUUGCCUGUGGUGCCACAGAUAUCAUCUCAUCCAUCAUUCCCUACCUUGAGACUUUGCACACUGCCCUGCCAGUAAGACAUGUUCCAGAAGUUUCCGUCUGGACUGACACUCCUCAGUCGUUUAUGGAUCUUACUGGAUCUGGCCCUUAUUUGCAAGGGAAUCAGGUCUCCCGCGAGGACUUGUGGCGGCUUCGACACGAGAACUGGAAUGCAUGGAACGGUGGUGUUCACUUCCGUCACCCACCAAACACUCCAUUCCGCCCCUUUGGCUCCAUUGACGCCGAAGAGGUAGAGGUCGCCGUGCGCCCGCACCUAGAGUGCCCGAGACAUGAGUGGAUAUACUCGGGCUUCACUUGGACC